AUGAAGGUGCAGCGCCUCUCAUCACCGUUUCUCCUCUUUCUCCUCCCCGCCAUCGCGACGGCCCUGACAGACUUGGCGCCGAAUCCGGCGAGUGCGCUCGAUCCUACCGUUGCAGAACACGAUGCUACAGUCCCCAAUGCCGUCGUAGACGAACUCGCUGCCCCCAAGGUCUCCCCCAAAGGGACCCUGGACGCCCCGCGCGGAACGGGAUCGCAAGAAACCGGCACCGCGAAGACGGAGGAGCAGGCGGACACCAAGUCCACGGACCAUCUGGGCGCCGAUGGCAAGCCAAUCCCUCACUCCAACGAUGGGGUCAUGGAUGAUCCGCACCGGACAGGUCCGAAGGAGGGCACGCGUGGAACAGAGGGCGGAGUGUCGGAGAAGCAGAAGGGCAGCACAAAUCCAGGCGAGAAACUACCAGAUAGCCCAAAGGAAGCCCCUCCCUUGCCUCAUAGUGAACAGCAGAAAGCCCCUGCAUCCGAGGAGAAAGAAGGCAAAACCUCGGACUCCAAGAUGGGCGUCGUCGAGAAACCCGCCGAUCUGCCUGAGAAACCACACGACAUCCCUCAUCCCAAAUCGCCGCCUUCCGUGAACGAUGACCCCCUGGGCCUCAAUACUCCGAAGGGCUCGGCCGGCAAGAUCCCUGGUACCCCCGAAGAGCCAGUGGAUGUGUUGCACUCGCUCAUUGCCUCGUUUACCAUGAUCGUGGUCUCCGAAAUUGGCGACAAGACAUUCUUGGUGGCUGCCUUGAUGGCUAUGCGGCACCCACGUCUCCUCGUCUUCUCUGCCGCCUUCGCUGCGCUUUUCGUCAUGACCGUGCUCUCCGCCAUUCUCGGACAUGCCGUUCCCACACUGAUCCCCAAGUCCAUGACCAAGUUGCUAGCCGCCAUCCUGUUCUUCGUGUUUGGACUGAAGAUGCUGAAGGAAGGCCGAGAGAUGUCGCCCGACGAAGGUGUUGGCGAGGAGAUGAAGGAGGUCGAGAUGGAACUCGAGGAAAAGGAGCAGGAGCAGCUGCGUAUGAAUCGGCGUCGCUCGUCCGUGACCCCUCACUCUCUGGAAUCAGGCCGUGCUGGUCGCGGCAAGUCUCGCUCGGCGGGCAACCGUCUGCCUUCGCCCCCUGAGAGCCUUUCCUCUUCUUCGUCCCGAGCAUCAUCGCCCUCGCGGGGCCGGCGCCUGGAUGACAUGCUCUCUGGCGUGAACAAUCUUUUCUCUCUGCUUCUCAGCCCCGCAUGGGUCCAGACGUUCGUCAUGACUUUCCUUGGUGAAUGGGGUGACCGCAGUCAAAUCGCGACUAUUGCGAUGGCUGCGGGACAAGAUUACUGGUGGGUGACGGUCGGUGCGAUUUCUGGGCACGGUCUCUGCACCGCCGCGGCAGUGAUUGGAGGAAGUGCUAUUGCGGGACGCGUUAGCAUGCGAGUUGUGACUCUCGGCGGCGCUGCGGCUUUCUUGGUCUUCGGAGCUAUCUACUUGAUAGAGGCCCUUUACUAG